AUGGAAGUUCUGCUAUUUGAAAAAGCAGUUCUGCUAAUUGAAAAGAAAGCUCCGCUAUUUGAAAAGGGAGUUCUGCUAUUUGAAAAAGAGGUUCUGCUAUUAGAAAAAGAAAUUCCGCUAUUAGAAAAGGGAGUUCUGCUAUUUGAAAGCAAAGCUACGCUAUUUGAAAAGGAAGUUCUGCUGUUUGAAAAGGAAGCUCCGCUAUUUGAAAAUGGAGUCCUGCUAUUUGAAAAGGACUUUCUGCUAUUUGAAAAGGGAGUGCUGCUCUUUGAAAGUAAAACUUCGCUAUUUGAAAGGAAAGCUUCGCUGUUUGAAAUGGCAGUUUUGCCAUUUGAAAAGGAAGUUCUGCAAUUUGAAAAAAAAAGUUCUGCUCUUGGAAAAGAAACCUCUGCUAUUUGA